GGGACUUUGUUCUGAACCUGUGGGUCACAUCCUGCUUUGCAGCCUCUAUCUCCCCAAAUAUUUACAUUAUAAUUCAUAGCAGUAACAAAAUUACAGUUAGGAAGUAGUCAGGAAAUAAUUUCAUGUUUGGGGGUCACCACAGCAGGAGGAAAUGUAUUAUAGUGUCCCAGUGUUAGGAAGGUUGAGAACCACUGUGCUAGAUCCAGAGGGUCAGCUGACAGGAGAGUUCCUGAUGAAGACAUGUUGGAGAGGUGGUGUCCAAAAUAAUUCCCUGAAGUCUGGACAAGGUACAAAGAGAAAGUUCUUCCGCAGGCAAGGCUGAGACUUCAGGGCACCGAGGUCUGCAGUGGGCGAGACUGAGACGCUCAAGGCACCUGGUGAGUUGAGCUUCUGGCCCAGGUGCCAGAGCAAGGUUUCUUAUUCAGCCCUGACCCUUGCUCUACCUGUGGUGAGUUCUCUGUCCUGCCCCUCUCUGAACCUCAUUUAAGAAGGCAGGCAACCGGAUGGCCUCAUUACUAUGGCUGCUUCAGUUUGUUUUCCCAGGAUACCAUUCCCACCAUGCUUCCUGGUCUGCAUAAGAGAUGACAUCUAUGAGGAUGAAAAUGGUAGACAGUGGGUAGCUGCAAAAGUGGAAACUUCUUCCCAUUCACCAUAUUUCAGCAAGAUCGAAACAUGUGUAACUGUCCACUUGUGGCAGAUGACCACACUCCCCCAGGAGCCUAGUCCCAAAUCUCUCAAGAAUUUCAACUUUCUACCCACGAAGUGGAGAUUAGAGUCCAGGAAUACAUACCGGGGAUCAGAUGCCAUGCACUGGAGACUACUGAAUCAUUCCCAGUUUUAUGGUCCAGAGGAACUGGUCCUGAUGCUGGAUUCAAGGUCUUGAUAGCCUGGCUGGAGCCUGCCCCUGUGCCCUCAGGGCAGACUUUGCACCCACCCCUCUGCUUGUUCCUCAAGUUUCUAGUUCUUCAGCACCUCCCGCCAUGGUCAGACCUACUUUUUACAUGAUCUACUUUUUGUGAGCCUGGCCUAUCUGUGUCCUGACCUUUCUCCCUAGCUGGAGACAAACUGCAUCUUCUCUUGCUCACUUUGUGCCUCUGACCCUGACCUUAUAGAUGGCUUUUCUCAAGACCCCUCUUCUCUUCAAAAUCCUACACCUGGGCUUCUAGUGCCUUGUGUGGCAGGAGAUUUGUCCCCAUUUACCUUAGGAGUUCUAGAGGUGCCCCUGAAGGAAGUCCAGAUAGGGACUCUAUGCCCUGUGGGCCUCUGAGCCAUCACUGGCAAGAAGUUCACCUGGUAAUGGGUAGAGGACACUCAGUGCUCAGUAGCUUGAAGGCACAGUGGGAGACUUACAGAGAACAUCUGCAGGACUUGUCCAGGUGCUCAGUUUCUUGGCUCCAGGAAGUGAUGCUGACUCUAGGCCCCUCCCACCCCAACUUGUUUUUAACUAAUUAAACUUUACUGUUUUUACUUAA